AUGAAUCCAAACUUCCAGAAUCCUGAGUUCUGGAAGAGCCUACACGGAAAGAUCCCAGGUCUGCUGGACUGGAACAUGAAUGAAGAGCUGAAGCUAGCGACCACCACUGACCAGUUACCCAGAGAUACUCCUGUGGAUCCUAAUUUAUGGAUGUGGGUGGAUCCCAACAUAGUAUGUCCUCCUGUUGGGAGGGAGACUUCAAAGGAGCCGGAUUUGGCCCAUAACCCUCCAUCCCCUAAAAAGGAAGAAAAUACCUCUUUCUCAGAGGACAGCUUGCAGCCCCAGGCCUCCACCAGCCAGCAGCCCCAGGCCUCCACCAGCCAGCGGCCCCAGGACUCCGCCACAGAAAAAGAGCUCACAGAAGAGGAGAAAGAUGAGAACACCUCCAUGACCCUCUUAUCACCCCACAAAGUGGGAUCCCUUCGAGGCUGUCGGCGACAGAUGGGCACCCAGACGGGGGCCCGGUGGCCCAGACCCCCCCUUAACUACUGUCAUUUAAUCACCCUGGCACUGAAAAACAGCCCUUCUAGAGGACUCAAUGUCCAGGAGAUCUACAACUUCACCCGACAACACUUCCCCUUUUUCCAGACAGCUCCAGAGGGCUGGAAAAACACUGUUCGCCACAACCUCUGCUUUCGAGGCAGUUUUGAGAAGGCCCCAAUGAGCCCGGAGAAGGGAGCCGCUAGCAGCCGUCCUCGCUCCUGCCGAUGGCGGCUCACAAAGGAAGGGUGCCGGCGCUUUAAAGAGGAGGUCAGGGCUUUAGCAUCUGCUAGGCUCCACAGUAUCCAAAAGUGUAUGAGUGAGCCAGAAAUGAUGUCUACCCUCUUUGACCUCUGA